CAAAACAUAGGUACACACAGAAACUUCACAAUAUACACAAACCCUACGGACACCAUGGAAGUGGAUUUACAAAAACUACUACCCCAGGAGGGUACCGGACACAGGUGGGUCCGGAGAAUCCCUCCCUGCAGCUCGGCCUCCUGUCAUAGACGGAGCCCGGGCUACAGGUGGCCCCUCGUAUUCUGGGGGAGGGGGGCAUAGACCCGCAUCGUGCAGUGCACGCACGACGACCAGAAGCAAACGUUUCACGGACCUCGACUAAAAAAGACACACGAUCUACCCCUAGCUAUGAAAAUCGGAAUACGAAUCUCACGUUCUCAUGUUGGACCCAAGCUUUAGCUUCCCGCUCCUGCCGAGAGUACCUGGUCGCAGGUGAUCCCUUAUCAUAAGCAGAAGAAGCUAAAAAAGUAUAAAAACGAUCCGAGUGACAAAUUUAAUUUGUCGCUGAACACACUCUUAGGAAUUCAUCAGUUAACAAGGCACUCGCAGGAACAGAGCAACAGUGCGCGGCUGUCGAAACAUGGCCGCCAGCAACGCGCAGAGGCUGUCGUCCCAGUUCAAGGCGUAGACAUAACUGAGAGCGUAUCCCGACCAGAAACUUUGUCAAACUCGCCUAGCACUAAAACCUCCGUUCAAGUUCAGGUAUGCCCUGACGCCCACAAGGCAGAACAGUGAUGAGCAAAUUAUGGUGUCAUGACGAUCGGGCCCUAUCCUGGCUUGCAAUGGUUGUGCCACGACUAAAUUCACCAAGGGAGGGUACAGGACUCUUGGUGAUUAAUCAGGCCGAUUUACCUGUACGGGCAACACUAUAUGUGCCCAACUUUGACGAGGACAUCGGAAAACUCCAUAAUAUUCUUUCCGCACAAAACCCAUGGUACAAUGUAUCAUCGUGGUCUCUGUACAUAUAUGAGAGAACAGCGAAUAACAGACCUGGCGUAUUUCUAGUAUUGAGAAUACCCAGACAGCAACUUGAAAUCAUUCUUUUAAGGGAAAAAAGCAUGUCAUAUUCUACAGGAGCAAUCAAACUUCGGCUCAAAGAUUUCCAAGGAUCGUGCCUGACAGCAUCAGUCGAUGACAAUCUGUGCGCGGAUAUGUCCGAACAAAGCGAAUAAAUUAGAUAUUACCCCAUAUAGCUCAUAAGUCUAAGCGAAGGCAGGCUGGGAUUGGGUUCUGCCUGUUAAACACUCGCGAAAGUUGGUGGCUCUGCCGCAGGAGAUAAUGUAGGAUACCGAGAUAGGUUCAUGGCGGAUGGCAGCAACUCAUUCACAGUAAAGUUGUGUCAUCUAGAGUAAUCGACUUAAUCGAGAGUGUGUAUCAGCCUGAUACUAUCAGGCGGUAUUUGAUCGCAGCUCGCGGAAACCAAAUAAUCGCAUAUAAAUAUAAGAUAAAAUUAAGGAUAGACAAGGAAUUCGGCUAUGGAUAUGAUUUGACUGCUAUACGCUUGCGAUAAUUACUGUAAAAUGCGGCCAUUGCCGCAUUUUUGUCCUGCAUAUUCCGAAUGCAAUCGUAUCUCCUGGAGGAGACUUUGAUUAAGCCGCGACAGUGUUUUGGACGGUACUCAAACACAGUUCGUUUAAUAACACAUCUUUGACAGAGAAUACAAACCAUCAACAUAAAUACAAAACAUGAGCAUAACUCAUAUUUCCAAGUCAUCGAAUUUUUAGUAGUACGCACCAUUACAAAUAUGAGAGAUGUAAAUAUAUUUCAAAGAUGGUUUACCUGCAAUCGCGCAACGCCUUUAAAGUACCAUUCACUCGCCCGCACAAAGAAACUACAAGAAAUAAAGCAAUGCACAGCCAAAGAACAUGCUCGUAAGGAAACAGUGGUUGAUACUGCACUGAAAUUUAAUAACAUGUCUUUGAGAGUCUCAACUGCUAAAACGAAUCACGUAAAAGUUUAUGGAGAAAAUGAACCGAAAGUGAAGGAGUCAGGAUGUGCUCGCGCAGUUCGAGAAUUCUGUAAGGAUACAACGCUGCAUGGAUUUAAAUAUUUGGCAUCUGAAAACUACUACGAUCGCGUGGGCUGGCUGCUGUGCUGCGUGGCCAGCGCGUGCUGCGCGGGCGCGCUGUGCUGCGCGCUGUGGGCGCGCUUCCUGCAGGUGCCGGCGCUGCUCACGCUGCACGAGCUGCGUGCCUCCCAGCGCAUGCCGCUGGUGGCCGUGUGCCCGUCCGCACAGACCGUCGCCCACUACGCGCGCUCACAUCUGUCAAUACCCGAAAACGUAACAGAUCGCUUACCAAUAAUCCUGAGCCAUGUGCUGCAGAGGAAGAAAACGAAUCACGAACACCUUCUGAUCCUUGAAGAUAUUCUGGUCAAGAAUAACUUGACGUUACCGGAAGCUUUGAUGAGAGUUACUCCCGCCUGCCACAGAAUUGUGCUGAAUUGCCGCUGGCAGAUUUACAUGAUGCCGUGCGAAGUGCUGUUCAAGAAAGAGUUGACUGAUUGGGGAGCUUGCUGUGUAGCCAGACCUUACGACCUGAAUGUCGACGAUGUAAUAGCGUCACGAAUGGAAGUAACUAGGAGGCUCAGUAUAGCAGUGCAGUGCUCAGAUCAGACGACAUUUAACGGCUGCGAGUUCUACACGCAGUACGCGGGCGAGGAGUGCGUGCAGCCCACGCCGCUGGCGCCGGGCCACAGCUACUGCGCGCAGCUGUCCUUCGGCUCGGUCGAGGACGGCGCCGCCGCCAGCCUGGUGGGCGGCUCCUGCGGCGGCUCGGCGCACUACUCGCGGAACCGCUGCUUGUUGGAGUGCCGGGAGCGCCAGUGCGGCUGCCGGGAGCCGCUCCGCAACGGGAGCGAAGCAGAAGUCACGCUUCCCCCGUGCCUCGUUACACAGCUAGGCUGCUUGCGGACCUUAGACUUUGAAAAAAAUUUCUCUUGCAACUGCCUACCGGCGUGCAAGAAAGUGUUUACGUACAUGGCAUUAGAAUCCAGCGCUAUGGACGCCUUUCAAUAUACCAAUGACAAAAUAUACGCCGGUAUUAACGCCAGCAUCAGUUCAGUGCUCCGGAUCGUGGUUCGGAUGAGCGAGUCGCGGCUGUUCGUCGUCCACCCUACGGAGACUUGGAUCACAUUGCUUUCAUCUCUGGGUGGCGUUUUCAACAUGUUUCUUGGAGUGGGCUUAUUUAGCGCAUUGGAGGUGCUGUAUCUAUUAUUCGUGAGGCUACCGAUCGCGAUCCUCAAGCCUACAAAUAUGGCUAAUUCUGAAACAUAAAGGAAUUUCACAUUUGUAACAAUAAAAUGUUCAACCCUUG